AUGGAGAAGUCCAUGAGAGAUCUGACCUACCAGGAAAUAGGUCANCAGCUGGUGUGCACUCAAUUACCUCUGGAGCAGAAUGCUUCUGGAGUUGAGCUUAANCCUGGNUUCAUAAGGCUGCUGCCCACCUUCCAUGGAUGGGAGCAUGAGGACCCCCAUCAACAUAUCAGAGAAUUUAUUCUGGUGUGUUCUUCCAUGAAACCAUCUGGAGCUAAUGAAGAACUGGUCAUGAGGAAGGCUUUCCCCCUAUCCCUGCAAGAUAAUGCUAGGCAUUGGAUGAUUUACCAACAACAACCUUUUGGAAGUUGGCAAGAGAUGCAGCUUAGAUUUUUAAACAGAUUUUUCCCAGCAUCAAGGGUAUCUCAUUUUAGGAGGCAGAUCUGCACCAUUGAGCAAGGGCAGAAUGAAAGUUUGGCUGAUUUCUGGGACAGAUUUAAUCGAUUAUGCCUCAUGUGCCCAAAUCAUCAGCUGCAGGAUUCUUUGCUCCUUACAUACUUCUAUGAAGGUCUGCUGCAAAGGGAAAGAAUGCUGAUUGAUGUGGCUGCUGGAGGGUCUUUAAUGAAUAAAACUCCAGCUGAAGCAANACAGCUAUUGAGUAAUAUGGCUGAAUGCUCUUAUCAAGGAUCUUUGUACAAUAAAGCUGCUGAAACUGUACCAGAAAUNAGGACAGAAUCGAAGGACUUAAGGGAAUUGACUCAAGUGAUGUCCCAGUUGGUGGAAAAAGUGAAGCUGCUGAACCAGGAACCUUUAGAGGAUAAGAGGACAACAUCAGAGGAUAAGAGGACAACAUCAGGGGUGUUAGAAUGGUCUGAGAACAUAGAAAAUGCAAACUGUGAUGCAGCAGCCAUAAAUUGGAAAGAGAACUGGAGCACAAAGGAAUCGCAGGAGCUUCAACAAAAUUAUUUGGAAAAUGAACAAUCAGCUGGCUCUAUUGAAGAUGAUAAAAAGAGCAGUGUAAGAGUGGAAGCUAACCCUCCAGAGGAGAAUGGAAAUACCAAGUACAUUCCUCCUCACUUGAGAGGAAAUGCUAAGCUGGGGAAGAUGCAGCCAGCCCAACAAAAAGAGGUGAAGUUAAAUAGGACUGCUAGUACCAGUGCAGUCAUGUUAAGAAGUGGAAAAGAGNUGNAUGUUUCAGUUGAGAAAGAGAAAAAUGUUGAGAAUGAGCAGCAACCUGAAAUAAUAAUUGAACCACCCUUCCCUGUUAAAUCUGCACCUGCAGCAAAGAAGUUGGAAACUGAUGCUGAUUUAUUGAAGAUUUUUCAGAAGGUUGAAAUCAAUAUGCCUCUGCUGGAAGCAAUCAAACAGGUGCCUAAAUAUGCCAAGUUCCUUAAAGAAGUGUGCACAUACAAAAGAGGACUGAGGAGGCCACAAAUCAAGAACAUUUCCACUAUUUCCAAGUUGGGAUUGCCUCCUAAACAUAGUGAUCCAGGACAUUUUACUAUCCCAUGCACCAUUGGUGAACUUACCAUUGCAAAGGCUUUAGUAGACUUGGGGGCAUCUAUAAANGUAAUGCCUAGUUCUGUUUACAGGGCUCUACACUUAGGAACAUUAAAACCUACUUCUGUUAUCGUCCAGCUGGCCAAUAGAAGUACUGCAAAACCUUUCGGCAUUGUGGAGGAUGUGCUGGUGAGGGUAAACCAGUUGAUGUUUCCAGCAGAUUUUUAUGUGCUAGAGAUGGAAGGUGAGGAUUCAAGGCAAANUCCUACAUUGAUUUUGGGAAGACCAUUUUUAAUGACAGCAAAAACCAUUAUCAAUGUGCAUGAAGGACAUUUAACUAUGGAAUUUGGAGACACCCAGGUCAGAUUUAAUAUUUUUGAAGCCAUGAGCCACCCCCUGGAAAACCAUUCAGAUUUGUUCAGCUAUUCAGACAUUUGUUGUAAUAAUUUGGAGCUGCUAGAACAAUCUGGUUGGGACAUGGUAGAGGAAGAAUUGCAAUCUGAAUUCUGCACCUGGGGUGAAGAAAAUUGCUUUAAAAAAAUGGGAUUGCAGGCCCUAGAAGAGGAGGAGGAAUUGGACUCCACACAUGCCUCGAAAAAGGGUGAAAAACNCUUUUCUUUUUAA